UAAAGAUUUCAAAUCCAUACAAUAUAUAAUCCAAGUGGUAGCACAAUAAUGUAAAAGUUUGAUGUUUGAAAUAAUUAUAGUAAUAAAAAAAUAAAAAUUUUAAAAAACGUGACAUACACAUGGUGUAUACUCGUCGCAAUAAUAAUAAUAAUAAAAAUAUACCAACCUACACCGCGACAUAUAUUCAUUCAUUAAAAAACCCGAGUGCAUAAUAUAAUAUACAUCGAUUUCGUGGACGAUCGGUCGGUCGUGUUGUAUCGUCAUCGUUGUUGUUGUUGUCGUCGUCGUCGUCGUAGUGUAGUAUCAUAGUGCUCGUUGUCGCAGUCGUACUCGUGUGGAACUCGUUGUUUCCUUAAUAUCAGCAGCAGCAACAACAACAACAAUAGCAGUGGCAACAACAAUAAUUAUAUAUUAUUAAUACAUCCCGUACGGUGUAAAUAAUAUACUAAUAUUAUUAUUUUAACAGUGGAGUUCGUAAGUGACGGUAUAGACGAAUCGGGUUUUUCCGUUAUGAUGUUAUUUCGCGUUGUUUUGAUCGCAUCGGUCUUCGGUGUCAAUGACCUUUUCGCCGUGGUGCGUGUUAUGUUGACAAUGGCGGAACAACGCGCGUUCAGUGCACAUUUUUCUGUUAGAAACGUCCUCCGCUGAAGCAUUUUUCAAACCAUUCAAUCCGUCAUCGUUUUUUUUUUAAACGUUAUUGUUACUAUUAUUGUUAUUAUUAUUAUAAUUAUCAUCAUCAUCGUCGUCGUUAUCCAUCGGACCGUACGAUCGGAAGUCGUAUUGUUUCACGUAGUAUUUACUAUCAACGACCACCACAAAACCAAUAAUAACAAUAAUAAUAUCGGUAUCGUGAUAUUGCGGAGACGAGUUCUAAAAAGUAAAAAUAUUUAUAAUACAUAUUUAACUAAUUUUACAUAUUUAAAGACGAGUUGCACGCGACCGUGCAAUAGGACAUCGUAUACUAUUAUUAUUAUUAUUUUAUUUGUGUCGAGUGUUUUUUUCAUAAAAAAACAAGUGUGUGUGUGUGUGUGUCCUUCUGCGGUGUUCCAAUUAUAAUGGAUAAGUACGUCACCAGCAACUGUGUAGAGAGAUUUACUAUGUAAAAUAAUUUUAUUAUAAUGUGCGGAGAGUGUGACGAAAUACGUUGUUUACGUGACAGCUGCCCUGGUUUGGGUGGAUGUCGACUAUGUGGGAAUGUUUCAUCUGAUAUUUACCAUGAUCAUAACAACUUUCCACGACCUUCAACCAUAAAAAACUUUUCCAAAGUUUCAUCUAAAUUUUACCAAAAAUCAUGGUUGUUAACAUCAAAAUCUGUAUGGAAGUCUGAUUUUCUAUGUAUAGCACUAUGGUGUGUUGCUAUCCUUAGUAUUAGUCAGGCAUCAGCUGAAAACUACUCUACUCAGAUUGCAAGUUCACCCUUAAUACCUACACAACUAACAACAAAUAAUACAGUGCACCUAUCAAAAGGGAGAAUAUGUCAAAGUAAAGACAUAAGAAAUAGAGCAGAACAUUUGAAAUCCCUCCAUGGUUGUAGAGUUAUUGAAGGUUUUCUACAAAUAGUUUUAAUUGACAAUGCAAAUGAAACAAGUUAUGAGUCACUAUCAUUCCCUGAAUUACGUGAAAUUACUGGUUAUUUGUUAUUAUAUAGAGUUAAUGGUUUAAAAUCACUUGCUAAACUUUUUCCUAACCUGUCUGUAAUUCGAGGACAAGAUUUAUUUAUGUCAUAUGCCAUUGCAAUUUAUGAAAUGGUUCAUUUACAAGAAUUGGGCUUGUAUAACUUAAUGGAUGUAACUAGAGGAGCAGUUUACAUCACAAAGAAUCCAAUGCUUUGUUACACACAAACUAUUGAUUGGAUACGAAUAGCACCAUCUGGAAAAGAAUCACAUGAUAUUUAUGACAACCGUCCUGGAAAUGCUUGUCCCGUAUGUCCAUGGACGAACGAUCCAAGUUGUGCUGUAUCUAAUAAUACUAAUGAACCAUUAUGCUGGAAUACUGAACAUUGUCAAAGAAUUUGUCCACCGGAAUGUGGUACUCUUGGCUGUUCUGUAGAUGGAGAGUGUUGUCAUGAGCAGUGUCUUGGAGGAUGUGAUGGUACUAAGCAUAACAAUUGUUUUGCUUGUAAGUAUUUAGAAGAUGAAAAUGAUUGUGUCAAAGCAUGUCCAUCAAAUACAUUAAUAUAUCAAAAUAGGCGUUGUAUAUCGGAAUUUGAGUGUUACCACAUGCCUCGAUCAAGAAUUGAAUUACAAAAUGGAUUACACUUACAAUCAUGGAAACCAUUUAAUAAUAUAUCUUGUGUAAUGGAAUGCCCUCCUGGAUUUGAAGAAGUCCCUACUGAAAAUAGUUAUGGAAAAGUGUUUAAAUGUCAAAAAUGUUCUGGACCAUGUCGUAAAGUUUGUAUUGCUGCAAAUGUUGAAAGUAUACAGUCUGCACAAAAGUUAAAAGGAUGUGUUAUUAUAAAUGGAUCAUUAGAAAUACAAAUACGUGGUGGUAUGAACAUUGUAAAAGAAUUAGAAGAGAGCUUAAGUAUGAUAGAAGAAAUUACAGGUUAUUUGAAAGUAGUUCGAUCGUUUCCAUUGGUAUCAUUGAAUUUUUUAAGAAAAUUACAUAUUAUUAGAGGAGAAACAUUAGAAAGUUCAAAGUAUGCAUUAGUGGUUUUGGAUAAUCAGAAUUUAGUUGAAUUAUGGGAUUGGAACACUCGAAAUCCAGAUGGUGAAAUAAAAAUUGAACGAGGACAAAUAUUUUUUCACUUCAAUCCAAAGCUUUGUAUAUAUAGAAUAAAACAAUUACAAUUAAAAUUAGGGGACAAAUUUAAAAAUGUUGAUGAUUUAGAAGUGGCACCAAAUUCAAAUGGCGAUAAGAUAGCAUGUAAAGUUUCAAAACUUAAUGUUUCAACAGAAGUUGUUACAUCAAAUUCUGUUGUUUUGAAUUGGUCGCCUUUUUCUCAUUAUGACACUCGUACAUUAUUAGGAUAUGUAGUUUAUUAUUUAGAAGCUCCAUUUAAAAAUGUUUCUUUGUAUGAUGGUCGAGAUGCUUGUGGUGGAGAUGGAUGGAAAACUGAUGAUGUGGAAUCAACGGAGACAACUACAGUUGAUUUAGUUGCAAUUUUAACAGGACUCAAGCCUUAUACACAAUAUGCAUAUUAUGUGAAAACUUAUACAAUGGCUUCAGAAUCAAAUGGAGCACAAAGUGAUAUAAAUUAUUUUUUUACAAUGCCAGGAACGCCAAGUCCUCCACAGAAUCUUCAUGUAUCUUCAAAUACUGCUGACAGUAUAACUAUUGAAUGGUUACCUCCAGCUGAGCCUAAUGGUCAAAUCUCUCAGUAUAUUAUUAAAUACACAUCUAUUAACAUAUCUGGGGAAUCAUUACUGAAAAGAGAUUAUUGUCAAAACAGUCCAGAUACAAAAGAUUUAUCUGAAAGUUAUAUAAGUGUUAAAGAACAUAUUAAAUAUGAUAAUGACAAGAAAGAAAAUUGUAAUUGUACAGCUCAACCAGAAAAAAAACAAUCAAAAAUUAAAGAUGAACAACAAAUUCAAACUAUGAUAGAAUUUGAAAAUAACUUGCAAAAUAUUUUAUAUGUAAAAACUAUUAAUGCUAAAAAUGAUAAUGUUACAAAAAGAAAACGAGAAGUUACAAAUUAUGAUCCAUCAGCUGAAUUUCCAAAUAGUACAGAUCCAAAAACUAAAAUUUCACUUGAUGUAGAUAAAAAUAUGGAAAAUGAAAAUAUGAAAAUAGUUUAUGUUGAUAGUAACCAGUUAUCUUAUACGUUAAACGAAAAUUUAACACACUACACUACUUAUAAUAUUGAGUUAUAUGUAUGUCGACAAAGAGUCAAAAAUGAAAACACUGAAUCAAAUAAAAUAAUUAGUAAUUGUAGUGUACAAAAAGCAAUGACUACUGUUAAAACUAGUCCAAAAGAAUCUGCUGACAGAAUUGAUCCUUCAACUAUUAAAGCUGAUCGUACUAAUACAACCAAUCCUAAUUCAAUUAAAAUAAGUUGGAAAGAACCUGAAGGUUCUAAUGGGCCAAUUGUUAGUUAUCAUUUGGAAUACAAAAAAGUUGGAGAUCAUCUUAAUCUUAAUCCACCAGUUGUUUGUAUAACCACGCAACAGUAUCAACAAUCUGACUUUUCUCAUACUUUAUCUAAUGUUGCACCUGGAAAUUAUAGUUUUCGUUUGCGUGCAACAUCAUUAGCUGGAAAUGGAGAAUACACCCCAUAUAAUUAUUUUGAAAUUGAAGAAGUACCUUCAAUUACCACUGGACAAUUAAUGCUUAUUAUCUUAAUGGUAAUUGGAAUUAUAUGUGCUGUAAUUGUUUUAAUAUUUUUUGUUUUACAUCGUUAUUAUAAAAAAAAAUUGGCUGCUACAACAUUAUUUGUUACAUGUAAUCCAGAUUAUAUUAGUUGUGAGUAUCAAGCUGAUGAAUGGGAAAUUCCUCGAGAUGAUGUUGAAGUCUUAGAACCAUUAGGUCGCGGUUCUUUUGGUAUGGUAUACCGUGGUAAUUGGAAGAAAAAGGAUAAUGAAAUAAUACCGUGUGCUAUCAAAACUGUAACUGAAAAUAACAACAUAACAGUUCGACAUGAUUUUCUCUCUGAAGCUAAUGUUAUGAAGGAAUUUUGUACAACUCAUGUUGUUCGUCUAUAUGGAGUUGUAUCGCAAGGUCAACCAGCAUAUGUUUUAAUGGAGUUAAUGACCCAGGGGGACCUUAAAACAUACUUACUCAAACAUCGUCCUGAAAUGGCGACCGACCCUUCUCUUAAGCCUCCAACAUUAAAAGAUACUUUACGUAUGGCAAUUGAGAUUGCUGAUGGAAUGUCAUAUCUUUCAUUCAAAAAAUAUGUUCAUAGAGAUUUAGCAGCUAGAAAUUGUAUGGUUAGUGAACACAAUAUAGUUAAAGUUGGAGAUUUUGGUCUUACUAGAGAUAUCUAUCAAACAGAUUAUUAUAGAAAAGAUUCUGAAGGUAUGAUGCCAAUUCGAUGGAUGGCUCCAGAAAGUCUUAAAUCUGGUCUUUUCACUUGUUUUUCCGAUGUUUGGAGUUAUGGUGUUGUAUUAUGGGAAAUGGUAACACUAGCAGCCCAACCUUAUAGGGGUGAGGUAGACAAAAAUGUCAUAUCAUAUGUCAGUAGUGGAGGUAUUAUGGAAAAACCAGAUAAUUGUCCAGAUAUACUUUAUGAUUGUAUGAAACUUUGCUGGCGUUUUAAAGCUUCUGAGCGACCUACGUUUGCUGAAAUAGUGAAAAUGUUUUUGGCAUGUGCUCGCCCAGAUUUUGCAAAGAUGUCAUUCUAUCAUAAUGAAUUACAGUCUGAAACACAACGACUUGAUGCGUCUGAAAAUGGUAUCACAGAAACCGAGUCUUCCGAGAGAGAACGUAAACAAAUUGAACGAGAUCAGAUUACAGCAGUAUUAGAAAAUCAAGCACAUUUUUGGGGAGGAUCAUCAUUGCCUGUUGAACGGUUAGCCCCAAAAGCAAAUCUGGAAGAAGAUGAUGAUGAUGAUGAAGAUUCAGAUAAUGAGUUGCAACAAUCACACAUAGAAAACUUUGUGUGCAAACGACCCCCUAAUGGAUAUAUGUCCAUACAUAAUGGUAAUGGUAUAAAUACCACUAUAUGCUGACCGUUAUUUUAUUAUUAUUAUUAUUUUUUUUUUCUUAUAGAAUUAAUUUUUUAGAUCAAACUUUUUUCUCUUUUAUAAGGUAUAUUUUGUUUUUGUAUUUAUAUAGUUCCUAAUUGUUGUGUCAAAUAUGCAGAGAUGGGUCAUUUUAUGUAUAUUGAAAUUAAUUUUACAUAUAAAUCAGACAAUUUAUAUUUAU